AUUCCUAAUUCCACCUUAAAUAUCUUUCUAUGUUUAUGUUCAGUGUUAUGUGAAUUGUAUUGGUUUUAUGCUUUGUUUUUUAUGUUAAAUUUAGUAUGUUGUGCCUGUCCAAAUCUUUAACAUUUGGGUGUAAUGUGAUUCUGGGGUUUGAUCCUUUCCUCUACCCAGUUUUACUCCACUCAUAAUAUGUUGGUAGAAUCUUCUAAUUCUGAUUGGAUUUUUUACAUUCCCAGUGAACUUCCCUUGUGCUGUACAAGGAACUAUAUUUUCUCAGAGGAAGCAAUUAACUCAUGGAUGCACAAACCAAAAUUCAAAGGAUUAUUACCUAGUGCAGGAUAGUUGCAUGUUGCGUUCUGAAAAAUCAUUGAGGAGAACACUCUUCUUCUCUGUCUUGGUCUCAACUGGUUUUUUUCCAACUUUGUCUUCUUAUGCGAAGACAAAGAGUACGAAUCCUUAUGACGAAAAACGGUUGCUACAACAAAAUCGGCGGAUACAGAAGGAAAACAAUGCGCCGGAGGACUUCCCAAAUUUUAUCAGAGAAGGUUUUCAAGUUAAAAUAGUAUCUUCAGAAAACUAUUUAAAGAGUGAGUCAGGGCUCAUAUACCGGGAUUUUGUAGUUGGUGAAGGUGAUUGCCCAAAGGAUGGUCAGCAGGUAACUUUUCACUAUGUUGGUUAUAAUGAAUCUGGUCGUCGAAUCGACAGCACUUACUUGCAGGGUACUCCUGCCAAAAUCCGCAUGGGUACCAAGGCAUUAGUUCCAGGAUUUGAGGAGGGAAUUAGAGAAAUGAAACCAGGUGGGAAGAGAAGAAUCAUCAUCCCCCCUGAACUUGGACCACCAGUAGGGCCUUCAACCUUUUUCAGCUCAAAACAGUUUGAAGUUUUUGAUGUGGAGCUAUUAAGCGUACAAAACUGUGAAAGGAGAACAGUAGCCUUUUACUCAGAUGUCAUUUGCAAUUAAGACAAAACUGCCAUCUGAGUUGUCUAAAUCAUGACCACUGAAGGCACAAAGCACAGAUUAUUCUAGUUAGGAACUCAAUUAUGGUUGUACUAUAUAGAAAUAGCAACACACAACCUUUAGCUUCUUGCUUUGAGGCAAUCAUAAUCUGACAUUGUUAAGAUUUUUCUCCAUUUUCUCUGGUUCACUUUGGCCAGUGUUUUCUUUUGCUCCGGUUUGUAAGUUGUUAACCUUGGUUUUCACAGUUUUAGGAUCCUGUUAUCUUUGUUUCAUUGGAUAGAAAAUCAAUAACAAUUGUAGCAGGGACAAGAAACAAUACCAUCCUUAUACUAUAAAA